CGACAGCCAACACUGAGCUCCAAAUCAUUGUUUGACAGAUCUCACACUGUUGUCAGACACCAUGGCAGGAUCUUCCGAAGCUGAGAAGCCAUUCGACAUUGUCGCGACGUACAAUGAUUUGCUUCGCACAGAUCCGGACCUGACAAUGCCAAUUGCGGCUAUCGAGGCUCUGGUCUUAUUACUCACACAUUCGCCCUCUUCCACGAUCUCCGAGACCCUCGAUCUGCUAGAGAAAUCCACCGCACACCUGAAGAAUUCGAUCCCGAACCCCAUCGGUCUGUCCGCCGGAACCGAUCUCUUCCAACGGUACCUGAUCACUACACUGCAAAGGCCCGGCCAGCUGGGACCCGCCGGAGAUUUCAACGCUAUCAGAGCGCACCUCCUAUCGAACGGCCGUCUGUUCGUCCGACGUGCCAAGGAAAGCCGAGACAAGAUCGCCGCGUUCGGGCGAGGCUUCGUCCGCGACGGCAGCACGAUCCUGACGAACGGCGGGUCACGAGUAGUCGCGUCGUUGCUGCACAAGGCAGCUGCCGAGAAGGGCGGCCUCUCCGCCGUCCGUUUCCGCGUGAUCUACGUUCUGUCGUCCGCGAAGGGCGACGUCGAGAACCCGUCUGCAGAGCCAGAGGGCAUGGAGACUGUGCGUAUGCUGCGGGAAAGCGGUGUGCCGGUGGCUACGAUCCCGCCGUCCGCUGUUGCCUACUCCAUCGGGAAGGCGGAUACGGUGAUCGUGGGUGCAGAGGGCGUGGUCGAGAACGGAGGCAUUGUGUCGCGGAUGGGGACCUACCAGAUUGGCUUGCUUGCCAAAGCCAUGGGGAAGCCUUUCUACGUGGUGGCUGAGAGCCACAAGUUCGUCCGUGUGUACCCGCUGGGGCAGUACGAUCUGCCCAUUGAGCAGCGGGUGAUCGAGUUCAGGACGCAGGAAGAUAUCGCCGAGGCGGAGAAGCAACGGCUCGCGGCUAAGUCGUCCGAUGUGCCUGCUAAACCGAGCUCGGAGUACGAUUGCGAGGUGGUGGACUACACACCGCCGCACCUGAUAUCCGCGCUGAUCACGGACAGUGGCGUGCUCACGCCAAGCGCAGUCAGUGAGGAGUUGAUCAAGAUCUGGUUCUAGUUGGUCCAUUUGGCAAGAGAGAGAAAAAAUCGACGGCAUGUUUGAAGUUAUAGUGGAUACGGCGUUUAAGCUCACUGAGAUAUCCCGCAAUAAAGGCGUUUUCGGCUUAGAAAAGCAUGUUUUAUAUUAGAGCAACAAUUCUUUCUUCAAUGGAAGAAACGCUUUCAGGGCUUUAUAUCCCUUUUGAACCGCACCCUCGAUUAUGAAGUCCAG